AUGUUCUUCUGUUUUUCACCGUGGGAUGGGGAUCCAACGACUCUGGAAAAAGAACAGCUCCGAGAUUCCCGUGCCGCAACUAAACCACGCCGGCCGAGGUGCUCGGCGGCGGCGACGGCGCGAUCCGCCCCAAUCCGGCGGGGUCCGUCCCCCUCCUCCGGCCACCGCCUCUUCAACCACACUGAUCUCCUCCCGUGGGCAUCCCCGGCACCUGCGGGACCGGCCUCCUCCGCCGCCUUCCUACAACGCCGAUGCGUUUCUCCGCGGCGCGCGCGGAUGGUCGGGCCGGAGUACGUGGACGCGUUUCGAUCAGUGCCUGCCUGCCUGCCGUUCAACCGGAGAAGCCCCCACUCAGGGCCGACGGGCUCGGCGACCUCCCUCCCCUCCCUGCUCCUCGGGUCAUUCACAGAUGAAAAUUGAGGAUGGGGCGAUAAGCCGUCGCCCGUGAGAGCAUAGUGGCAUGUCUGCACUGGCCUGGGUUCAACUCCCACUGGAUAUGGAAUUUUGCUUCAUCGGUAAGUUUUAUUCCAAUUAGAUAUCAACAGUUGAUCUGAUCCUAUCUACCUUUUUUCGUCUUAUGGGUUAGAGAGGAAAAACACUAUACUCGCAAAGAAAUAUGUUGUUAAGGUUACUGCAGGCGAACCAAUAAUAUUCAACUUCCUUUGUGCA